AUUGACAUCACAUCUACAAUAAAGUUUGUCUCAUAGGUGUUUGGGAAAUUCCCAGCCCUCUAAAAAUUUUUUCGCUUAGCAAGUUGAUAAAUUGAUACCUCGAAGCUCUGAAUGGAGCUCCUUGUAUACUGCUCAAUGUUGCCCGCUCUAACCGCUCUUUGAUUUAGCCUCUCAUUAUGAUCUUCAACUAGAAUGUCAAGAUUUACUAAUUGAGAGUGAAAGUUUCAGAUGAAUGCUUCAAUCUGAUUGUGAUUCUUCUCCUUUUGAGUCUUCAUGCUAGCAACAUUUGUUUAAAAGGAUUUUCAUAUUCUAUUUAAACAUGAUAAUAGUAUUAUUUUAGAAUUUCAAAAUAUUUUCACUCUUCCAUUUUUUUUCAAAAUAUAAUGGAAAAGAAAGGAUAGAAAUUUAGGGCGGAAGCGUGGAAGGCGACCCGAAAUCUAGCGCAGCAGUAUUUUAAUUUCCGUGAUUUUCAUCUUCUAGGUUGAAUUAGCGGAGACACGAAAAUAUAGCGAGAAAGAGAAAAAGAAGUGCAGGAGCCCACUGUUUUUGAGAGAAAGAAAACGUAAGGAAACAUGCAACACGAAAUGAACAAACCCCUAAACUAGAAAGAUAUUUUUUGCCUCCCCCACCCUCCAAAAGAUAGCACCUUUAGGGUUUUUUGCCUCUCCCUUCUCAUGCCAUCUCGCCGUAUCAGUUUUGCGUACCCAUGUGUAUGCAGUUAUUUGUCUGCAAUGAUUCAUCCUGCUGUUUUUUUCUCUGUUUAUUACCUAUAUUUAUUUCCUGAGUUUUAACUUUUGAGCGUAAUUUGAGCAUUUUUAUGUGCACGGGGUUUGAAUACGGUUGACUUAUGUUGAUUUCUGGAUCUGCUUUUUUUUUGUGAUUUUGAAUGUUUAUCUUUCAGGGGGUUUCCGUCUCAUGCAAAGCUUUGAUUUGGUUUUCUGUCUGAUGCUGACGAAAAUUGUGGGAAUUUCAUUGUAUAUUUGUCCACAAGAAACGAGAAUAUCGGUUUGAAUCCAGGAGUUUUGAACAAGACGCCUGCAGUUCGUUUUGAAUUUGAGGAAUUCGAGGAGAGAAAGAGGGGAUAAAUCUUUUCUAAAUUUGAAUUUGUUUAGGUUUCUGAGUAUGACUACAUCCUGGGCUGAUUCUGUUUCCGCGGCAGAAAACGCCACCCCUGCUCCAUCCAAGGGAACCUAUGUUCCACCACACCUGAGAAACAGGCCGCCGCCUUCAUCAGAACCUACUAAACCUGCCACAGCUUCCUAUUCCAAUCCUGGUGCAACAGGGUAUGAGCGAGCUCAUUAUGGGGCGCCCGGCGGUGGUAGUCGUUGGAAUGGUCCUAGAAAUGAGUCACGCUUCGGCUAUGGUGGGGGGGGUGGGGGUGGUUGGAAUGCGAGAACUGGUGGUUGGGAUCGUGCUGGUCAACGGGAGUCAAACCCAUUCGGAGAUGAUGUGGAUCAACCUUUUGAUGAACAAGAGAGUUCGAGCAUUAAUUUCGAUGCAUACGAAGAUAUUCCUGUUGAGACGAGUGGGGACCAUGUGCCUCCUCCGGUGAAUACGUUUGCAGAAAUUGAUUUAGGGGAAGCUGUAAACAGUAACAUUAGGAGGUGUAAGUAUGUGAAGCCUACGCCUGUUCAACGUCAUGCUAUCCCAAUUGUACUCUCCGGAAGGGACUUGAUGGCAUGUGCUCAGACCGGUUCAGGAAAAACGGCUGCUUUUUGCUUCCCAAUCAUUAGUGGAAUCAUGAGGGGUCAGUUUUUAAGGCCACCAAGGCCACGCAUGGCGUUACCUCUUGCUCUUAUUCUUUCUCCAACCAGGGAGCUCUCCUGCCAAAUUCAUGAAGAAGCCAGGAAAUUUUCAUACCAAACUGGAGUCAGGGUGGUUGUUGCAUAUGGUGGCGCACCCAUAGGCCAACAGCUGCGGGAACUGGAGAGGGGCGUGGAUAUACUUGUAGCAACCCCUGGUAGAUUAGUGGACUUGCUGGAGAGGGCAAGAGUGUCGUUAGAGAAUGAUCAGGUACCUGGCUUUAGAUGAAGCAGAUCGGAUGCUGGACAUGGUUUUUGAACCCCAAAUAAGGAAAAUUGUGCAAGAGGCUGAUAUGCCCCCACCUGGUGUAAGGCAGACAAUGCUCUUCAGUGCUACCUUCCCGAAAGAGAUUCAGAGAUUGGCAGUAGAUUUUCUAUCAGAUUACAUCUUUUUGGCUGUUGGGAGGGUUGGAUCAAGUACUGAUCUGAUUGUGCAAAGAGUUGAGUAUGUUCAAGAAACUGACAAGAGAAGCCAUUUAAUGGAUCUCCUCCUUGCACAAAUGGCAGAUGGCAAGCAAUGUCUUACCCUUGUUUUUGUGGAGACAAAGAAAGGAGCCGAUUCUCUAGAACAUUGGCUUUCUAUUAACGGUUUCCCUGCCACAGCUAUACAUGGCGAUAGGACACAACAGGUAUCGAUUGCUUUAUUACUCCCCUUAUAUAAUACAAAUUUCUUGGUGCUAUCAUUAACAUCCGCUGUCACUCAAUUGAAUAAAUAAUUGCAGUUUUCAUUUAACGGAUUGAUGUAACCUGCACUCCAAUUUCUUAGUCUGUCAUGGUCGAGUAAUUCAAUAGCAAAAGCUUAUUUAGUUCUCAUUUAAUAAAAAAUAUGUACAAGCAUUUACAAACGUAUAUUUAUUCUUUCCAUUUUACAGUUCAGAGUUUAUCAUAAUAGUAAGAAUAUAUACAUCAUCCUUAAUACUCCGUCUGUCUCAUAUUAUGGGAGGACCUUGCAAAUAGUUUCCAUCUUUUGGUGAGUCCAACAUGUGUAGGUAGUGUGUUUUUCUGUCAGUUUGGUUUUGAAAAACCCCAAGUUGAAAAUCAAACCAAAAAGGAAAAUUCUUGAAGUAGUGGUAAAAAACGUUUUGGAAUUCCAAAAUUGGAGUACGUACUGCCAAUAUUGGAAAAUACUGUCAUGUUUAAAGCAGGGUAAUGCCAAAACAUGGCAGUAACUACAUGUAUUUAGCGAAUAAAAAUGUAGUACUAUUUUGGAAUUCACAUACGUUUUUGCUCCUAUUCAGGACAAUUUCUUGAACAAAAAAAACUGAAGUUGGUUUUGGUUGAGUUUUUGUUGUUUCUGAGCCAGUUUGUGGUGGUUAGUGAUUUUCCUUGACAUUAAACAAAAACUAAACCGCCUAUGGGCUAUGGUUGUAUCAGUUUCAGCUGGUUUGUUUUUGGAUGGUUUGAAUCUGGCAGUUUUCUUGUUCAUCCCUUUUUACUUGUUAGUGCGAUUGGGUGCACAUUACAGUCUAACACAUUGAACCUGUAAUUUACCUGUUUUGGGCUAUAGUUAGUCUAUGGGCUAUGGUGCACAUAGUCUUUGGGCUAUGGCCUAUGGGUUGUUUUAUUUCAUUUAGUUUUGAAGAAUAUUAAAGUGAAAUUGUUAUUACAAUCUACUAAGCCAAUGUUUGUUGUUCAGGAAAGAGAACAGGCUCUGAGAGCUUUCAAAAGUGGUAGGACGCCGAUUCUGGUUGCAACUGAUGUGGCGGCACGUGGUCUUGACAUUCCUCAUGUCGCGCAUGUCGUCAAUUUUGACCUCCCAAAUGAUAUUGAUGAUUAUGUCCACCGCAUAGGAAGAACCGGGCGUGCUGGGAAAACCGGUUUGGCCACUGCUUUCUUCAAUGAGGGAAAUUCUUCCAUUGCAAGGUCAUUGUCUGAUCUAAUGCAAGAGGCUAAUCAAGAAGUCCCUGCUUGGCUUUCCCGCUUUGCUGCCAGAUCAUCCUCACAUGGUGGUAAGAACCGCAGGGGCAGUGGCGGCCGCUUUGGUGGCCGUGAUUUUAGGAAAGAGACGUCUUACAGUAGGGGCAGUUCAGACUUUUAUCCAGGCGGCAAUAUGGGUGGUGGUUAUGGCGCGUUUGGCGGCGGGUAUAAUAGUGCCUCAUAUGGUGCUGGUGUGGCUAGUGCUUGGGAUUAACAAAUUCAAAUUUGUCUGAUUUAGCAACCCGAGUUUUAGGUACUGCUAGAAUCCAGUUCCUCGAUGUGGGUCCGGCAGGGAGGGAACCUCCGUGGUGGGGUACGCCAGUAGUAUAUAAUUAGAUAUUUGUGGUGCUUUUAUUUUAUUUUUCUUUAUUUUGUCAGGUUGAAGAUAUCUUGGCUUUGUACUCUGAAGUUUUGUUGGAUGGAGGUGUGAGGGAGGGUGCUUCUGUGUAAAUGUUGGCAGGCUAGAAUGAAUAAAUCUGCUAACUCCAUUCUUAUGUAAUACUUCGUAUUUGCUUCUUGACUUAAUAAUCCAAUUUCAACUUUUAACAUUUGGUUAAAUCUACCAAAGAUGAAUAGCCCCCCCCCCCCCCCCCCCCUCCCUUUUCAUUCUGUCGUCAUUCAUGGCCU